CGGAGAGAGGGGGAACCUGAGGGAGAGCCAGCGCCGAGCGAAACGGGAAUACAAGUUUUUACACUUGGCCCGUCUUUUUUUACGAGAAAAAUCUUUUUAUCUUCGUUUACCUCAUCCCCCCGUUUCCACUGCCGGAGGGGGGGGCACUCACUUUGUGUGCGUGCGGGCGUUUUUCCUCCUCAUUUCAACUCUAUCGCAGACACUGAAACCUCGUUUGUUUUGGAUUAGCUUAGCACAGGCUAGCUGUUUUUCACCGCCGCCACCAGCUAGCGUUCAUGUGAGAAAAGAAACGGGCGGCGUGGCGGAGACUUCCCUCACUUCACGGCGGCGUGCGGGUCAAACGGAGCCGCCAUGCUCGUCCCUUCCCCCCGCGGUGAACGGAGACACGAGUGACGGUUUUUCAAGUUUUUUUCCCCUCCGCGUUCCGUCGUUUUAUGGGUGUCUGUCCAUUCGUCCGCGGCGUGGUGGUCAGCGGGGGUGACGGAGUUCAGAGGAGGGUCGUAGCGGGGGAACGCUGAGGCGCCCGCACGCUUUUCCUGCACGUAGCUGCUCGGAGGAGUUUCCUGGGAUGUGCUCCCAUCUGUCUUCAAAAAAGAACAAGCGCCUUUCGAGAGGAUCCGAGCUAGCAGGAGCGAUAUAAAGACCUGUGGGCUCCGAUCCCCGUCAACCCCCCCUCCGACCCACAACUUUCUGCUGGAGAGACACGCGAGGAGGCUGGUCGUGGACGUUAAUGUGCGGUAGAAGAACACCGAUCGUAGCUUGGUUGGUGAAGGGGGAUCUUCCAUCACUGGAGCGGUGCAUCGCGGAGAAAUGAGCCCGGGGCCGGCGGAGCUCCUUCGGGGAUCUCCAAACUAGCCCCCCGCGUGUGGGGUAUUAAUAAUAGUAACAGCAUUAUUCCUCUCUCGAUGUGCUGCAGCACCCAGAUGAACGUGGACUGGCGCCUUCACGUGUGGAAAAUGAAGAUUUUCACUCACACAUGUGUGACCAGAAGCCAAGAUCACGUUAUUUAAUGGUCUGCAUUUUUUCCCAGGGCUCGCACACAUCACGGACUCUGCUGGGGAGAUACUCAUACGUUUAUUACCACCACCCCCGGCGUACAACUGGGGGCAACCUUGAAUCACUUGUCCUCAUUGGACCUCCACUUUUUAUGAAUUGUUUUUGAACUUUUGAUUUUUAAAUCCACAUUCAACCCCUCGAGAUUGGAGGUGUUUCUUUUUUGUUGUUGUUGUCGGAGCACAACUUCCCCUCAAGUCAAAAUGAGGCGGUGGACGCUGAAGCUGAGAGCACAGAUCGUGUUUUUUAUCAUCUGCACCUGCAUCAUAUGCCAGUGUGGACUAACAAACGGAGAAAUAUGCCCGAGCAAGGACAUCCGGAACAAUGUGACCACCCUCCAGUCGUUGGAGAACUGCACCAUCAUCGAGGGACACCUGAAAAUUCUGCUCAUGUUUAAGACCAAGGCCGAGGACUUUCGUGGCCUCAGCUACCCAAAGCUACGAGUAGUGACCGACUACGUGCUUCUCUUUAGGGUCUACGGCCUUGAGAAGCUCAGCGAGCUCUUCCCCAACCUGACAGUGAUCCGUGGCAACAACCUCUUCUUCAACUACGCUCUUGUGAUUUAUGAGAUGCUGCAGCUGAAAGAGGUGGGCUUUUACAGUCUCAUGAAUAUCACCCGGGGCGCCGUGAGGAUUGAGAAGAACCCAGACCUGUGCUACCUGUCCACCUUGGACUGGUCAAAGAUCCUAGACUCGGUUGAGGACAACUUCAUCGUGGCCAAUAAGAACGAGAGGGAGUGUGGAGACGUGUGUCCUGGCACGGCCCAAGGUCAGACCAUCUGCCCGCAGAACACCAUCAACGGACACUUCAGGUCACGAUGCUGGUCGCAGAACCACUGUCAGACAAUGUGCUUGGACAACUGUAAACAUGGUGGGUGUAACCUCAAGGGCCAGUGCUGCGACCACCAGUGCCUGGGUGGCUGUACUGAGCCAGGUAAUGCAAGUAGCUGUGUGGCCUGCAGGUUCCUCCAGCAUGGGAACACCUGUGUGGAGAAAUGUCCUGCUGGAUACUAUGUCUUCAGGGGCUGGCGCUGCGUCAGCUUCUCCUUCUGCCAGGACCUUCACAACCAGUGUAAGCAGACUAAGAAAUUGAACCAGGAUCGAGAGUUGAGCUGCAACGAAUACGUCAUCCAUAAUGGGGCCUGUAUUCCAGAGUGUCCUUCUGGAUACACCACUAUAAACUCCACUACGUUGACCUGUUCACCUUGUGCAGGCCUGUGUCCUAAACUGUGUGUUGGAAAUAAGACGAUUGAUUCGGUAAACUCGGCCCAGGCUUUGCGAGGCUGCACGGUUCUCCACGGCAACAUGAUCAUCAAGAUUCGAGGAGGGAAUAACAUAGCUGCUGAGUUGGAGGCUAGUCUGGGCCAGCUUGAGGAGAUCACAGGCUACCUGACUGUUCGCCGAGCGUACGCACUGGUCUCCCUCUCCUUUCUACGCAAACUGCGUAUCAUCAGGGGGGAGCAUCUCGAGGCAGAUAUUUACGCCUUCUAUGCGCUGGACAACCAGAACCUGCGCGAAUUGUGGGAUUGGUCCAAGCACAACAUGACCAUCCCGCGUGGUCGCAUGUUCUUCCACUACAACUCCAAACUCUGCAUGACUGAAAUCAGAAAAAUGGAGGAGAUAACAGGAACCAAGGAUCGCAACCAAAAGAAUGACAUCGCUGUACGCAACAACGGGGACCAAGCCUCCUGUGAGACUAAGAUGCUGAAAUUCACUGUGAUCAAGACUACAUCAAAUAUGAUUAUGCUGAAGUGGGAGCCUUUUUGGCCGUUAGAUUUCAGAGACCUGCUGGGAUUCAUGGUUCUCUACAAAGAGGCGCCUUAUAGGAAUGUGACAGAGUUUGAUGGCCAGGACGCGUGUGGCUCUAACAGCUGGGCAAUUGCCGAUGUUGAUACUCCAUCCCGUUCCACUGAGGGCAAGAGGGGGGAGGAUCCGGGGCACCUAAUCCGACCACUGAAGCCCUGGACCCAGUAUGCCAUAAUGGUUAAAACUCAACUGUCUGCCUCUGAUGAGCACCAAGUUCAUGGAGCCAAGAGCGAGAUCAUUUACGUCCGCACCAAUGCCACCAAGCCCUCAGUGCCUCUCGACCCCAUCUCCUCCUCCAACUCCUCCUCUCAGAUCAUCUUGAAGUGGAAGCCGCCAACGAGUCCCAACGGCAACAUCACCCACUACCGCAUCAUCUGUCGCAAGCAGGCUGAGGACAGUGACCUCUACAAGUUCGACUACUGCCUACAAGGGAUGAAGCUGCCGUCUCGCACCCCGACCCACCUGGACAGUGAGGAUGAGCAGAAAUGGAACCACACAGAUGAACCCACUUCAGGGGGAAGGUGCUGCGCCUGCCCCAAGACGGACACCCAGCUAAAGAAGGAGCAGGAGGAGAUCGAGUACCGCAAGACCUUCGAGAAUUACCUGCACAACGAAGUCUUCGAGAGCAGACCGUCUCGCCGUCGACGCUCAGUGGGAGUUGCAAACGCCACCCUCCUCCCUAACUUCCUCACCACAGCGCCCAGUUUUCCAUUUGGCUCCACGACAGCCAGCCCUGAGGACGACGAUAAGGACGAUGAGGGAUCCAAGGUGGAGCUGAAGGUGAUGUCGAAGGAGUCAACAGUCAUUUCCAACCUGCACCACUUCACCAGCUACAAGAUAGAGAUCAUGGCCUGUAACCACGCGACGGAAAUCAAACGCUGCAGCAUGGCUACUUAUGUCAGUGCCCGAACAAUGCCUGAGGAGAAAGCGGAUGACAUCCCAGGCCCCGUCACCCAUGAGAUAGUGACGGCUGAGCCUCCCUAUGUUUUGAUAAAAUGGAACAAACCCCCAUCCCCCAACGGCCUCAUCAUCCUGUAUGAGGUGUUCUACAGGAAAGUUGGAGACUCAGAGGAUCACACAGCUUGUGUGUCACGGCCAUCCUACAUCAAAUCAGGUGGCACGAAGCUCUUGCUUGUGCAGCCUGGUAACUACAGCGUGAGGGUCCGCGCCACCUCCCUGGCAGGAAAUGGUUCUUUUACAGAAACCACUUACUUCUUCAUGCCCAAUCCGGAUCAAGGUUUAAUUUGGAUUGUGAUCGGUCCAGUCAUCUGCUUUGUCCUGCUGCUAUUUGUGGGUGCUGGAGCCUUGUGGUUAAUCAAGAAGAGACAUACAGAAGGGCCGACAGGACCUCUUAUCGCCUCCUCAAACCCUGAGUACAUCAGCGCUAAUGAUGUGUAUGUUCCUGACGAGUGGGAGGUGCUCCGCGAGAAGAUCACAGUGCUCAGAGAGCUCGGUCAGGGCUCCUUCGGCAUGGUCUACGAGGGUAUUGCCAAGGACAUCAUUAAAGGAGACCCGGAUACACGCGUGGCCGUCAAGACGGUCAACGAAUCAGCCAGCCUGCGGGAGAGGAUCGAGUUCCUCAACGAAGCCUCCGUCAUGAAGGCCUUCAGUUGUCACCAUGUGGUGCGUCUGUUAGGUGUGGUGUCCAAAGCCCAGCCCACCCUGGUCGUGAUGGAGCUGAUGACCCACGGGGACCUGAAGAGCUACCUGCGGGGUCUCAGGCCCGACUCAGAGAACAAUCCUACGGGCCGCUCACCUCCCACGCUGAAGGAGAUGAUCCAGAUGGCUGCAGAGAUUGCAGAUGGCAUGGCCUACCUCAACGCCAAGAAGUACGUCCACAGAGACCUGGCAGCCAGGAACUGCAUGGUAGCUGAGGACUUCACUGUCAAGAUCGGAGACUUUGGAAUGACGCGAGACAUCUAUGAGACUGACUACUACCGUAAAGGAGGGAAGGGUCUACUUCCUGUCAGGUGGAUGGCUCCUGAAUCGCUGAAGGACGGAGUCUUCACUGCCCACUCUGACUGCUGGUCAUUUGGCGUCGUGCUGUGGGAGAUCACUACGUUAGCAGAGCAGCCUUACCAGGGUUUGUCCAACGAACAGGUUCUAAAGUUCGUCAUGGACGGAGGAUACUUAGACAGGCCUGAAAACUGCCCCGAGAGAAUGCACAGCCUCAUGCAGAUGAGCUGGCAGUACAACCCCAAAAUGCGGCCGAUGUUCCACGAGAUCAUCGAGAUGCUGCGGGAGGACCUGCAUCCCUCUUUCCGCGAGCUCUCCUUCUUCUACAGCGAGGAGAACAAAGUCCCCGAGACAGAGGAUUUUGAUCUGGACCUGGACAACAUGGAGAGCAUCCCCCUGGACCCAUCGUCGUACUCUCAGAGAGAAGAGAACUUAGGCAGGGACAGCGGGCCCUCGGUGGCCCUUAGGGGGAACUAUGAGGAGCAUGUCCCCUACACACACAUGAAUGGUGGCAAGAAAAACGGACGAAUCUUAUCGUUGCCCAGAUCCAGCCCUUCCUAACAUUUCCUGUCCCCUAAACAAACUUGUUGAAUCUUCCCUGCUCCUUUUCUUCUUUCUGUUCCAGUCCAUUUUUUUUCUGUAUCCUUCACGUUCUUCUGAUCAUUUUCUAAUGCUUCUUAUUCUUGGAGAAGCCCUUCAAAAAAACGACACAGAUCUCAGGACUUUUUAUUUUCUUCCUCAUGGCUGCCAAACACAGGCAACCAAGGAAUGCAAACAGAGUGCAACACUUCCUCUACAACACAUCGGGCUGUCGAUUACCAGAUUACUUAUCUAUUAUUUUUCACUAUUGCCAUGUUUCCAGGACUCAUCGUGAUGGAAACAUAUUGAAAAAAAAAACUGUGAACUCUACAAACCUUAGACAACCAAGAUGGCUGCUUACGCUCAACCUCCUCAAGACUUGUCCCUACUUUACCCUCUUCCACCAAAUCUGCAUUUCCACUUUUCUGUGCUUUGUCAUUUUUCUCCCAUUGAAACCUUUUUACUCAGAUAGUGGCCUUUUUAUAUGUGGCCUAUAAACAAAGAGGAGUGUCUAUCAGCGCUUACACUAAUUUUCCUUUUGAACAAUGAAUCCGUUUGGAACAGUGGGAUGACUUGCAAAGACUUGAUCCUAGAACAAAACAUUGAUUCCUAGAAUGUUUUCUUUUAGUUUUUUCUUUUUCAUUUUUGGUUCUGCAGAAUUCCAAACUACACACAGAUUCAUCGGGUGUUUGGUGAAUAGUUUUAAUUUAUUUACUCUUAUCAUUAUUUUCUCUUCUCUCUCUUUCUUUCUGCGUCCUCACUAUAUGGCUGAAGGAUAUUUAAACAGUUAAAGAAUUGGACAAAAGAGUUCAUCAGACUGACCAAUAGCUGCUGCUUUGAUAUAUUUUACUGGGUAUAUAAAUCUAUAAAUAUAUAUAAUAUAUAUAUAGUAUAUAUGGAAUAUUGGCAUUUCUGCACCAAUAUUUUAUAUAUAAUAUAUGACAAACUGAUGUUUUUGUAAAUAGUUCAUAUUUGUAAGAUUAUUUUUUAGCUAUUAUUUUGUUUUGCCAGGUUUUCUCUUUUCUUUUUUCUUUCUUAUUUUUGUAGCCCCAGAAAUCACACAAACCUACCAUUAGUGCUCUCUGCGUCUUAGGCCUCCAGACCCCCAACCUCGACCUCCACCCCUCUAACACUCUCUCCAUUGAGACGGGAAAGAGAAGCGUCACAAAAUAUUGUAAACUAACCGCAUCUUUUAUUUUUUAUAAACCUCGCUUUCACUGAGAGCUGUUGAUAUUUGGAAGCAGAUUCACUACAACAGGUGGGAUAACACCUGUUGUAGUGUACACCAACAAAGAAAAACAACCAAUAAACCAAAAAAGCUUUAUGUGAAAGGGGGAAUGAGGACUUUGUAGGUUGACCUGCACCUGAUGUGUGUUUGGGUCUGUUCUUGCUCUGGUCAGAUCACGCUGAAAUUAGUUUAGUUAUCACAGGUUGAUUCUGUCGUUCAUGUCAUCGUGCUUGUUGUCUUAAUUGUCGGUGAGGUCAUAGAUUGGUGUCGAGAGCUUGUUCCAGCCUAGUGAUAGUACUCGACUGUGUCAGCGUGACGCUGGAGGCUUCUCAGUGGGGCUGCUUGUGGUCAGAGCAGGGUGGGAGUGGACACCUGCUCUCAGCAAAAUGCAGGAAAGUGGAUAAUCAUUUUUGUAUUUGUUUUCCGGCCCUAAACAUCCUCAGACGUUUCCUUCCACUCGACAUCCUCGGUGUUGGAUGAAAGUUUUUAUUAAAUGAGCCCUCUUAUUGUCCCUCUGUUAGAUUUGCUCUGCACCGCAUAACUCCUGCUUCCUGAGGCCUCCCAUUGGCUGUUAAAAUCGCUGCUGGUGGAAAUUUCCACGUUUUCCACGUGGAGGGCUGAGAGAGAAACGUGGAAAGUUCUGAGCGUAUUCUGAGUCCACAGCAGGUUGUGGAGAGAGGAGGGCAGCGUCUCUGUCUUUCAGUGCGUCUGAGAGAGAGAGAGAGAGAGACGGAGUGUGAGUGAUUGUUAAUCCUAUUAUUCUCUCUCUGCUAUCACAUGCAGCUCGGCAGUCAGGACACAGUGUGCAGCAGCUAUUUCACUCAGGUCUGACAUUCCAGGAUUCUGUUGGAACUGCUUGUUCCCUCGCGCCCCCUGCCCAUGUUAUGCCUGCCUGCUGGCAACACUGAUAUCAUCACCGCACCCCAUCAAUAUACACAUGAAAGACUGCUUUCUUUUAUAUUUCUUCUUAAUAAUCAAUUGCUAGAGAUGCAGCGGAAAACAGAUUUAGUUAAAAAGAGAAAUGUGUCCCUCCUGCUGGGAAUCAAAACAUUCCCUUCAAAUGUUCCCUCACACAGAGCUACAGUAAAGCCAGUGGUGCUCGGUGCUGACCCCUCGUUUUGUCUCUUUAGGAUCGUAAAUUUUGUCCGGAGCCCGAAAGUCUCUUUAAUCUGUUAACGCUCCUUUCUCACUCUCUAACACUUCAGCAGAUGACAACAGUCAGCAGACGAGUGGAGAUGAUUUCUUAUUCUUGAGGACACAGACCAGUGUGCUUGCCAAUCUAGCCGGACAGCGUUCAGCACUAAUAGUAUAGCCAAAGUGUUGGCAGCUUGCUGUCAACAGUGAGAACCAACAGACUCGGACUCAGAAGGCGGAGAAGCUGCCUCCACAUUUUACCAGUGCCUUCUCAAACCCACAGCCACGUCCAGGCUAGUUCUGUGAUAUCCUGUCAAUCUUCUCAUGACGACAUAAGGCAUAGAAAUCAGAGCCGUCUCUUACAUUUGUAUCGGACGGCCCCAUGGAAGAGGAAUCAGAGUCUUUGGGGGCAGUUUUUCCGGUUAUGUGGUUGAACGCUGUAGAACACCGGUGCAUCAGCGGUGACACUGUGGAUUGGGUUGAGUCUCGGAGCGCUCGGAGGUGCCUGAGGUUGUGAUUAUUAAUUAAUAAUUGAUGAAUUAUUCUGAGAAGUUACAAUCUUGGGCUUUUUUACUUUGUAAAUAAUCUGUGACAGUUUUGAAAAUAAAAGCAAAAUUGAAAAAAAUAGGUAAAUAAAAAAUCUGAUGCCCGUCGGUUGUGUGUACGUGAAAGAAAAAUGGUGGAGGUCAGCUCUGUCACACUUCCACACUACGUACUAAUACCUGCUCUGAUCUGAACAGUGAAUUCUCUGGUUUGACAUUUUCCUUUUAUAUACCCAUUACUCAAAACCCAUGUGGAAUUGGUAUGUAGUGUGGAAGUGGAAUGUGGCUCUCGACCACAUCUCGACCUAGGUUGCUUAUCUUGUGGUGGUGUUCACACACAUAUGCAAUUUUUAAUUAAGAUGGUGCCCAUAUCUUUGAAAUACCAGAUAUUUAUUUUAUUAUGAUCAUUGUCGAUGUAUAAGAAGAAACACAGUUAGCUUUUUAGUCGAGCAUUUUUAACGUGUUUGCGCGUGGAGCGAUGUAAAGCCCUAGUUUGUUAUUGUACUGGAGGAGCAGCUGGUGGUGAGCAGCAGGAGUACUGGUUAGUUAGUUAGUUAGUUAGUUAUCUAGUUAGUUAGUUAGUAAGUAAUUGUUGUUGUCUUUGUGUUUGGCCAGAGUCUACCUCAGUGCAUAUGGAUGAAUCAGUCUAAAAGGAGCAAAUCAUCCCCGUCAGUCGCUCAAUAUCCCGUCAUUUCAAAUAAUAUCAUGUUUUAUCGUACUUACAGACACUGCUGAUGAACUAGUUUCCACUGUGGUGUUUAUAUUUCCUCCGACUCUUUAGUUUUCCCAGUUUCAUCGUCCUCUUGUGUCCGGGGGAAAAUUCUCUGUGACUGUGGUUAUUGUUGGAAACAAUGCCAGUCACAUUUUGUCCCUAUUUUGUUUUAAAUAUUAAGAUUUACUGUCUUAUUUUAUAUUAUUGGAACAAGCCUUUAAGAAUUUCUCAUUUUUAUCCUCAGCAUGUUACAUGCGUUAGAUCAGACAUUAAAUUGGCUCUAUGGGCAGUGUUGAUUAUUACUACAGUUCAUAAAGAGGCUUCCCCCGGGCUCUGGAAGAAGCUACGUAUCUCACAUCAAUCCUCUCGUCUCUUGUAGUAGCGGCUCUACUUGUUUCUGGGUAUACGACAUUAGCAUGAGCAAAGAGAAAAGAAGAAAGUCUUAUGAUUCUCAGAGCACGCUGUAUCUGUGAUCACCUCCAUGCAGCCAUCACUUAACAGGCUCAGCUCAUGCUUUUUUCUUUCUCUUUUUUCCUACUCCUCUUCUUCUUCACUCUGUCAAUCUGUCUCUUUGUGGUCACAACAGUUAUGGUUCCGAUCCCACGUCUCCCCCCAGGUCAUCCUCAAUUCAUUCAUUUGUUGAUCUGCUUUUGUUCUUGUAUGUAUAUUUUUUCUACUGUGAAUAUCAAGAGAUGACCUUUAUUUUCUGUCAAUGCCAUGGAUUGGGUCUGUUGUGGCUGAUCAGGACACAGACACACCUGGGCUGGUUCAAAGUUUUAAGGAGGAGGAACCACGUGUCCCCUCCUCUCUCUGCAAAGAAGAAAAGAUGGACUGGGACAAUCAUGUGUGCCAUACGAACUAUAAACAGACAUGAAAUCUAGAUUGUAACUUUUCGUCUCAGGGAGGCGGCCUGAUGCUUUGUGGCUGGAGGAUAAAGAGGGUGAGGAGGAAGAGCUACCUACCUACCUUUUAUCGACCCUGACUGAAGGGCAAGUUCUCAGCAUCUUUGCAAAAAGAGUAAAAAUGGAGAUGAUGAGCCCAACGACAAGUUUUCAACAAGAGAAACCCAAACAUCCUUUUUUUCAUGAAUAAAAAUUCUCCCACUUGUUCAAAGACGAUCAGGAAUCCCCAGCUCUCUCUCUGACGUGACGUGGUUUGGACUGCCCUCUAGCGAUUGGACGGGAGCGUUGCAGGUCAGGGGUGGCAAAGCAAACAGGGCCCCCGACCGCUAGUGCCUUGCUCGGACUAAUAGCCUGCCUGACCCCCCCUCCCACCCAGUCCACAGCCCUCCUCCCCCGCCUCGUGAGCAGAACUGCCACUGACUGGUGUGUCUCCACCAAUCACUGCAGAGGAUCUUUCCACCUCCAAAACAUGGAAUGAAAAAUACACAAAUUAUAUUUUUAAGCGUCCUUUAUCUUUGAUGGAAAAAAACAACAUUCUAACUGUAAUUUGGGAUUAUUAUGUGACUUUUUUUUUUUUUUUACCCAAAAGAAAAAAAAAGAAAUGUUGAACUUGUGUCUCUACUCCUCUAAGCUCUGGCUUGCUCUGUGCAUGGAAAAUGAAUUGUCUAUACCAGCGGAUAGCUUAUUAAUUUGAUGUUUACUGAUUUUCUUUUCUUUUGCUUCUCAUCAGUCUGUUUUCAUAAUGAUGCACCAAAGCACAUGCAAAAACCCUUGAUUAGCAGCAAAUGACUCCAUUACAACUGGGGGUAGUUUCCAUCUGUGGUGCAUUCACUUGCUCCAGGACAUUUAAAAAUGAAAUGAACUGAUUAAUAAGCUCUUAACUGUAAAUAGCAGCAGAUCACCUUGGCUCCUGAAAAAAACAAAAGCACUUGAUCUUAGGGAAGUUUAGGUUUGUUUUGUUGAACUCUGGUGCCCUAAAAAGCGGUUGGAUAGAGCAUGCUCGUAAAGCAGCGCAGGGUGAGAACAAAGCAUUGUAUGUAUUGUUUUGUUUUAAAGAAAAGAAAAAAGUAUUACAUUUUAGAGAUGUUGAUUUCUAUUUUUUUUUUUUUGCCAAAGUAGGGAGGGCAAAAAUACAAUUACUUUUUCUGACUGUAAACUUUUACUAUUGUACAUUAUGAAUUUAACAUUGUUAUCAAUGUGUAUAUAACUUUUUUUCUAAAUUUAAAAAGAUAGAUAUUGUUUUUUGUUGUCGUUUUCGUUUUGUGUUCAUGACACAACCCACUACACAGAAACGAGCAGAGUCAAGUCUGUGGUAGUUUUUACCAGGAGCAGCACAACUCCAGUCUGAGGGCUUAACCCUGUGUAACCUGACACAAACAAUACGUGGCCUGAGAUGUUUUCACAGCGACCCCUGCUCUUAAUCCGAUGCAUGUUCUGAAUGUUGGCCUCCGAAGAGGUCACACGUUUGAACCGCCCCUGCCCAGCCACAGUGACACGUCACCCGUAAAGCCUUUUUCUUGUGUCAUAAACGCAUCGCCUAUCGCUGAUGUUGUCGUAUGGUAAUUGUUUCUGACAAGAGAUGUGUGUUUAGUUUGCAAAUGUGUUUUAAUUUUUUUUUAUUGUGAAAAACUGGAAAAGACCACUGCAUGUCCUUUUUGAAGAAGAGGAAGCAUGAGUGAUAAAAUCCUGAAUAAGCUAAAAACAAAAAAAAAAGGAAAAGUGAGCUCAUGGUUUAACGACAAUGAAUUAUAAAGUCGACUGUAGAGCUGGAGCUGGUAAAGGAUUAGUUUGACAUUGUGGGGAAAUAUGCGCUAAUUUACUUUUGAAUGCAGAGUUUGAUGAAACGAUCAAUAUCUCAUCUCUAAUGUGCUAGACUUUAAAGUAACAGGUUGUAGCCACGUAGCUUAGCAUAAAGGCAAGAACAAAAUCAGGAAACGGCUAAAAUCCACCUUCCAAAAAAAAAACAUCCAUCCAUUAUCUUGAUCACUAUUACUUUGAGGGCCGGAUCUCAUCUGAUACCAGUGUGAGAGGCUGAACAAGAACAGUUGUGUGAAAACAUACAUUUUAUCAUUUUAUGUCAGAUCGUAGUCCAACAUGUGGCCCUUUAGAAAUAUUUCUAACUUAGACUCAACCCUAUUUUUUUAUUUGUGAACUUUUAUAUUAUGUUUAUUUGUGGACAGACUUGCCGUUUCCCUGUUUCCAGUCUGUGCCAGGGGCGGGGCCAGGGGACCACUGGCCCCAGCGGUCAUCUGAUUGGCACCUGAAGUGCCCCUUUUUUUAAACAAGUCUCUAAAUAACAAUAGAUAAGAAAGUGUUAAGAAUCUUGUUUUCGAUUCAACAAUUGACCCCAGCAAGGAACAAUUAAAAAGAAAAUACUCAGAAUUGUUUGGCUUUGCUCACAGCUCUAGAUCUGAUAGUAAACAAGGACUUCAAUGUGCCCCUUACUGAUUCAAUCUGAAUUGUGCAUGGAUGUCAGAUGAAUAAUUGGCCGCUCUGUAUAUGAAUUGUGGCCCCAUUGUGGCCCCCUGAUAUAGAAAAAGGCUAGAUCCGCCACUGCACCUUCUAUUUAGAGGAGGAACAUGAGCUGCUUCCUGACAGUAAACAACCAUCUUUCCCUGAAAGUCAAACUGCUCCGUGGAGGUGGCUGAGUGUAAAUCGGCUGUAAAUGAAUUUAGUACUGUCGGUCAGGAGUGUGCCGAUGAGCUCGUCCUGUUUGUGUUAUUGAUGAGGCACACGGUGGUGAUAUUGAGGGUGUUGCUGCAGGUGUGGUGACUGACGGUUAGAAGACAAGUCUGAGGAGACGCAGCCUCUUCUUGACUCUUCGUCACCCGUCAGUCCAGUGGUCUGCUCCAGUUUACGCACCAGUACCUUCUACUUGUCUCGAUCCUGUUCCCUGUGCUGUGCGUCGUUUAAAUCGGUGGAGUUGUGUCUGUGUUGUCCUCAGAUGAAGUCUUUAUUUCCACGGCUUUCUUUGUCUUGCUGCUCUUCCUCCUCCUCCUCCUCCUCCUCUGUGUGUCCGUCAAGUCUUUUUCUCUCCUCGGUGCACAUAGGUGGUCCUCCCCCAGAAUGCUGUGUGUAGUCUUGCAGGAUACCUCUUUUAUUAGUGUCAUUUUUAUUGCAGAUGAAAAUGCUGAUGUAUUAAUUUUUUGGGAUAUGUUGUGUAUACAUUAUGUUGAGACAUCGGUGCGUAUGCAGACAGGUGUAUAUGUGUGUAUGUACAGUCCAAACUCCCCCUGAACCCGCAACAACCCACAGAGAUCGCUUCAUCCCUCACACUGGAUCCAAAUGUGCCAUUAUCUUUAUGUAUCACAUAUAUCAACAUAUUCAACACACACACACAAACAUACACACAGAGAUACACAAAUACAUGCAUAUUGUACAGGAUCAAAAAUGUGCCAUGACUAAAUGAACGCUUGACAAUUUAUUUUUUCUAUGUUUUCAAAGGAGAGUCAAGUAGUGACAUGUACAGAAAAUGUUGCAAUGAUAUGAAAAUAAAAAUCUUGCUGUGUGUAAAUUAUUCAACAAUUAACUGUUUAUAUUAAAAUUAUGAAUAAAAUUAUUGGAGAAAAUG